AUGAAGCUUAUCGUCUUCACGAUCACUGCCCUCCUUCCCGGCCUCUCCCUCGUCAGCGGCGCGAAAACGUGGGCCAAAGGCAAGAAAGGAAUGUGCUGCAAGAGUACUCUCGACGCCUGCCACAAAUUGGGCUACUGGGGUUGUGCCGUUUCGGACCGCUCGUACUGUGUUCGCGAAACCAGCGGACUCCACGGGCCAACAGCAUGGUGUAACGAGUCCUGUCUCGAAUCCGAGAACUCAGAGGGAGUUGACGCUAGAGAUGCCAAGGAUUACAUCACCGACGGCGGCGCAUUCGAACCUACGCUUUCAGUCCACGACAAGUCACGGAUACAAGUCGCCCGAUUGGUGCUUGCCGACGAAUCGUACUUCUAUCGGCGACCACGGCUUGAUUAUCCGGAUGAUGCGCUGCGACGCUCGUAUACGUGUCGACAUAAGGAACAAACCUAUAACUUAAUGAGAAUCCGGAGGUUAAUCUUCCGUAUCUCGAGCAUUCUAGUCCCCUAUACUAAGCUCCCGAGUACAAACUUCGACGCGUAG